CCCUGAAGUCCUGGAUGCAGAAGAACACCGCGGGCGUUGACCAUCGAGGAAAUCAAGGAAUACAUCGGGGCGUAUACAAGUGCUGCAGUCAACGCCAUUCGCGCUGGCUUCGACGGUGUCGAGCUUCAUGGUGCCAAUGGCUAUCUCAUCGACCAGUUUCUGCAAGACACCAGUAACAAGCGGACAGAUGAGUACGGGGGCUCCAUCGAGAACCGUUCACGCUUUCCGCUGGAAGUUAUUGAGAGCGUCGCGAAGGCCAUUGGGGCGGACAAGACCGCCAUCCGCCUGAGCCCUUGGGGCUUCAUUCAAGAUAUGCGUAUGGACGAUCCGAUACCCACCUUUGCGUAUUUUGUGUCUGAGCUUGCUCAGAAGUACUCCGACCUCGCCUACAUCCAUGUGGUCGAGCCACGAGUAAACGGAGUGACAACGCGCGAAGUCCAGCCUGGAGAGACAAAUGACUUCCUCCGGUCAAUCUGGACGCCCCGCCCAUUCAUCAGCGCAGGUGGUCAUACAAGAGACAGUGCCUUUGAUUUCGCAGAGCGCAAUGACGACCUCGUCGCCUUCGGUAGAUUGUACAUCUCGAACCCCGACUUACCAAUUCGCAUCGCAAGGAAUCUGCCGCUUAACAAGGGUAAUCGCGACACGUAUUAUGCACCGGGCCCCGUUGGCUAUAUUGACUACCCUUUCGCGGAGGAUGCCUUUGCCAAGCUGUAAUCGGAUGUAUGCACCCGGUGUCCAAUAGAUGUGAUAAUCAGCCU